GUCUAACACUUAGCAAGUAGGAAUAAUACCAUAGUGGUCUCAGUGACAACUGAGGAACUUGAGUUGAAAGAAGACACCACGUAUUACGAGGUCAUUUUCUCCGCCGCACGAAAACCAUUGUCCACCGCUAGCCGGAAGUUUGUCUACCAGACUUCACAGGCAUUAACAGGCGGUAGAGCAUUCUGUUUUAAUUAGUUCUAGAGGGGUUUUGAAAUGCGCGCGCCAAGUGUUUGACGUAAUUCCCCAACGAGUUCUGGUUUUUGUUCGAUGACAUGCUGAGAAUCACGAGUUGCGUGGCAUGCGAUUUCACUUUUUGACAUCAGGGCGCCCUUUGUUUCCUUUAGUUUGUGAUUCAAACUUAAGGAAAUGGAUGAACUGCUGAAGAAUAAUUUGUUUGCCACCCACGCUGUUGCAGCCGCAGGGUCCGUAGCAUUGGGGACUGUUUUGACUUACCCACUCGACACUGUAAAAUCCCUGGUGCAGGUUCGAGUUCAAUAUCAGAGUUUUACUGAAUUAUGCAUUGGCUGUGUUUGUGUAAGUUGUACAAUGCAUGCUUGUGUGUCUGGAUGGAAUUUGCACUUUUCUAGCUUGGUUGGAUCAAGUCCAAGUAAGCAUUUAGCUACUGGACAGGUUUUUCAGAGGGUUCUAACGCUUUCAGGGAUUUCGGGUUUGUACAAAGGUAUUGGGUGGUUGGUGCUUGGGAGAAUAUCAGGUUGUGGAGCUCGAUUUGGUGUUUAUGAACUACAGACAGCAUUCUAUAAAGAUGGUAGGGUUGACAAUUUUGUAUUUGUCUCUGAGGCUCUCCUAGCUGGAAUUACUGCGGGUGCUCUGGAAUCACUUCUGAGCUCUCCAUUUGAAAUUAUUAAGCUGCGUGCACAGGUUGCUGCCGCUUCCCGAAUAUCAAAGACAACAUCAACUGUUGAGAGGGGUAUUGCCUCUCCUUUACUUUCAAGAUUAUUAAGGGGAUACUCUCCUGAUAUGAGGGCAAUGAACAACACAGUUGAUCUUCUAUCAACCCUGACGACGAAGCAUCCAAAUACGAUGACUAGCCUCAGAGAGUAUCCUUGGAUGAUGACAGGUUCGGGCAGACCUCCAUCCGUUAUUGAUGUCCGGAGGCCGCGACAUAUAUUUUCUUUUGAAGGAAUUGGUGCCUUUUGGAGAGGGUUAAGGUCUGGGUUAGUGCGGGACUCAGUUUUUGGUGGUGUUUUCUUCUCCACCUGGCAAUUUCUCCACAGAGCAAUGCUUGAUUGGAAAGCUGUUGGGAUGAAUCCACCACCAAGAUCAGAUGAUGAAAUCGGCCCUCUGUCUCCUGUAGCUGUCAGUCUUGCCGCUGGGUUUUCUGGUGCUAUUGCUGCUGCGGCUUCUCAUUCUUUUGACACAGCCAAAAGUCGAGCACAGUGUAUCGUGAUUCCAAAGUACGUGUCCAUGGAGAGGAAGCUUCUUAAAUGGCCUCUGCCAGGGAAGAGAUUCGAGAGGUACACAGGUAUCCACCCUGCUGACAGAAGUAUACUGUUCCGUGGUGUUUGGUUACGGAUGGGUCGUAGUGGGAUUGCGUCAUUUGUAGUUGUAGGAAGUUAUUAUUGGGCAGUUGAUCACUUGGUUCCUAAAUGAAGCAUCCAAUAUUAUUGGGAGCACACUACACCACAUUUCCUACAUCUAUGACUUCCCCUGUACCGCUUUUUUGCCAAUACUUGAAUUGUCAAAUGUGAAUCCUGAGGAAAUGUAUUGAUAGUUUUUAAGGUCCCUCUGAUGACAUCAAUAGAUAAGAUAGUCCAACGAGUCCUUUUGGGGGGUGUAAAAGCGACAACAAUAGUGGGAUAAUGUGCAUGGAAACUGCCUGGAGAUGACCAAGUUGUGGGGAAAACUUUAGAUGAGAGAAUGGGAUACUUUUCAAGUUCUGUUUUUCAUUUUGGUCAAAUUAUUUUACUUUCUGGGAACAUGAAUCUGCAAUCUACUUAGAAAUGCAAACGCACUGAAAUUGCGUAAAUUAGGGUGAAAAAGAAAUGUCCAAAUUUAAUAUAGAUCACAAGGGUGGGGGACCGGAGAGGUAUUUGUUAGAUCUUUGUCAAUUUGCACCGCAAGUGGUAUCUCCACUUGACAGCAGUUGUCUCACAUGGAUAUGUAGUUUUCCAUCUUGUUGAUUCUGUAUUUUUUGGAUCCUACUUUUUCCACACAAGUGUGCUGAUUCAGUUUGGAGCUUCUCAUUUGACUUUGUUUAUGGAUAUUCAGCUCGUUCCAAAAUUUAACCCAAUAUGAUUCUUAGCGCCUUUUUUUCCCUGUUUUCAUUGUAC